CAGAGGAAUCUCUGCUUGUUUUUGGAACCCUUCUGUUUUUUACCUGUGGGACUUCAGCAGCACCUGGGACUUUACAUUCCUCCCCCGGAGCAGCUCACACACUCUCCUCCCUCCCCACACCUGCUGUGAUCUGUCGGCCCACCACCAGUGGACUAUGCCCCCUUCUGUCAGCUGAGGGUGGGGGGGCGCCAAGCUGCUCAGGGUCCUGUCUGGAGAAGGCUUGGGCUGAAAUCAAAGAGGAGACGGUUAGGUUAUUGCUGAAGAUGCAAGCCUCAACUGUCUCACCUGUGACCAACACUACUGCACUUUCAAACACCACCGUCACAAAGUCCCCAGAACAAAUCCUCAUCCAGAGUUCUGGGGCUAUGAUCGCUAUCAUCGUCAUAGGUAUCAUCAUCAUUCUCGCCAUUCUACUGAUCAUCCUGAAGACGUACAACAGGUGGACCCAUGCAUCCAGAGUCCUAGGAGGGAGCACCAAACCUCGUCCCAAGAUGUCACAGUCCACAGUGCACAGCAGCGUGCCGCUAAGCACCCUGGGAAUCAGCUCUGUGUCGAGCAGCAUCCCCAAUUCCAUCCCAGCCUCAGAGAACAGCUUCCAUCUGCCCAGAGCGGAGCUGACCAGCGUGGAGGAGAACCACUUAGAGCAGUUCAGCACCACCAGCAGCUCCACCGUGGUUACCAUACAUGAAUCUCCGUCGUUAGGGAACACAUAGCACCAUGACUGCACUCUAGUCUCACAACAGGCAUAGACUGCUGCGCCGUCCACGUCCGUGACCACCCACGGUGCGUGUUGACUGAAUCCUGUGGAAACUCAACCCGUGAUGUCAGAGUUAUCACUGUCAAUCCUCACCAACUGAGCCACUGCUGGUCACUACAGGGAUACAUGUCAUUUUGGUGUACAAAAACACACAAUGUGAACAAAAUGGUACCAGACACAGACGAAAUGUAUCACAUGAAGGAUGUUGCAUGAAGAAAGCGUGUUAAGAGUAUAGACACCUAUACACAUAUCAAGUUUCUUACUGUUUGUACUGUUUGUUGAUGUUCUGUCAGUACUAAAACCAUGAAGAAUAUGUAUAGUAAAGGCUGUAAUGGCUCGACAAUGCUGGUCAUAAGUGUGUACAUUUCUGCAUAAAGGAGAACUCUAUAUGUUCAUGAGUAAAUGUAGAAUUUGUAUAACAGAAAAUAAAGACAGUGUGCUGGAUGAUAAUCAUUACCAGCCCUUUUCAGGUCAUAUCUUGAUAGAGCAGAUAUAUAUCUAUAAAGAAUAUUCUUUGAUUAAACUGGUUCACAUGACAUCACACUGUCUUUGUCUCCUGACCCUCAGAAUCUCAAAGAUUAGUUUUACUUCAAUGAAUCUCUCAAAUGUCAAUGAAUUUUAUUUUUUACUAUGUAGAAUGAAGAGACCACAGAGAAAUAGCUGAACACACUGAUGUGAGUUCUCUGUUUUUCAAAGUUGGCACCAAAAGGACUUUGCACUUUAUUUUCAUUGUUCUCUGUGUUUGUAUUGUUUGUGGCUCUUUAGUGAAAGAAAAGAGAUGAAAUAAAAAAUGUCAUAUUUCUAAA